GUUUUGGGUUCAUCUCUUUGUGGUAAAACUGAGUGUGAAUGGAGUGAUGCCAUAGAAAGACUAAAAACAAUUCCAGAAAAGCAAACUUUGAAAAGGCUGGAACUAAGCUUUAUUGGUCUAGAGCAGGAUCACAAAGAAGUAUUCCUAGAAGUUGCAUGCAUAUUGAAAGGUGAAACAAAAGACAAAGCAAUCAGAAUACUGGAAAGUUGUGGAUUCCAUGCACGAUUUGCUUUAAAAGUUCUUGAGCAGAAAUCAUUGAUGACUGUUUCAGAUUAUGGGCGUUUAGAUAUGCAUGAUCGUAUUGAAGAAAUGGGCAUGAAUAUCGUUCGCCGUUUGCAUCCUGAUGAGCCUGGCAAACAUAGCCGAUUAUGGAUUAAAGAGGAAAUUGAAGAUAUAUUAGUUAAUGACUUGGGUACUGAAGCAACUAGAAGUAUAAAAAUAGUUGAUGUAUCUCUUGAUAUAGCUACAACUAUGAAAGGGUUCAGAAAGAUGAAGGGACUUAGAUUCCUUGACGUGUAUAGUACUGAAGAUGACGUGUAUGGUGAAGAUUUCACAUUGGAAACUGAUCAGAUUGACCAAUACUUACCAAACACUUUACGAUAUCUAAGAUGGCAUGGAUACCCUUUUCAGUGUUUACCUAAAACAUUUCAAGCAAAUAUGCUUGUUUACCUUCAAAUGGAUUACAGCAAUAUCUCUCAAUUAUGGGGAGGGGGAGAAAGAAAGGUUCUUAAUAAACUAAGAUUCCUUAACCUCAGUAGUUCAGAUUUGAUAACCUUUGACCUUGGGAUGACUCCAAAGCUAAAAUCCCUCAACCUAGAGUAUUGUAUGGUGAGUAACCUUGACCUUGGGAAGACUCCUAGUCUCGAGGACUUAGAUCUUUCAUGUUGUAGUGACUUGGUAGAACUCCACAUGCCUGUUGAGUGUUCAAAGCUAAAACACCUCAGCCUAAGUUUUUCUAUGGUGAGUAGCUUUAACCUUGUGCUGACUCCAAAUCUCGAGACUUUAGAUCUUGAUCAUUGUGAAAACUUUGUUGAAUUACACAUGCCUUUUGAAUGUCCAAAGCUAAAAUCCCUCAGACUCCGCAAUUCUAAGGUGAGUAACCUUAACCUUGGGCUGACUCCAAAUCUCGAGACUUUAAAUCUUGCUGAUUGUAAAAACGUUGUUGAAUUCCACAUGCCUUAUGAAUGUCCAAAGCUCAAAUUCCUCAACUUGUCUGGUUUAGAGUUAAGUAACUUCAACCUUGGGCUGACUCCAAAUAUUUCGAAAUUAGAUCUUAGUGGAUGUAAUAACUUGGUAGAACUCCAUAUGCUCGUUGGAUUUCCACAUCUCAAACAUCUCAACCUCAGUGGAUCUAAGGUGAGUAACCUUAACCUUGGGUUGACUCCACAACUUGAAGAGUUAAUUCUUGAAAAAUGUUUUUUUCUUCAAGAAAUUCUUGCUCCAAUCGGAUGUCUAAAGAAUCUUUUCCACUUAAAGUUAAGUGGUUGUAAUAGCUUUGCAGAGUUUUUGUUUGACAAAUGGUAUCAUUAUCGUGGCAUACUUAAGUUAAAACUGAUUGUAGAGUCCACAUAUAUAUGUCCAUUGCAUCCCAACAAUAAUUUGCCAAAGUUUCAUGUUAAAUGUGAAUAUGACGAGCCUCUACCCUUAUCUAGUGGAAAUGUUGAGAAGCUCAUUUCUUCUGGUCUAUGUGCUUGCACGUUCCUUGAGUCUUUUUCAGCAACUAUUUGUGGUCUACAACAUUUAGGAGAGCUUACACUUACAGGCAGUAUUCCAGAGGCGCCCAAGGAUCUGUGGCAGUUAGAAGGGCUAGAGAAGCUAACUUUGUGCAUGAAAGAGAUUAAGCAUCUUCCAGAUAACAUUUGUAUGUUGAAGCAUCUGAAAUAUCUUAAUCUUAAAUCUUUGCUUUUGGAGCAGUUACCAAAGGAUCUUUGCAGAUUAGAGAGUUUAGAGGUGUUAGACCUAACAGAGUGUAUAUCCUUACAAGAUAUUCCAAACAGCAUCUGUAGCAUGAAAUGUUUAAAAAGUUUAAAUCUCUCCUUUUGUAUUCGAGUCAAGAAUUUGCCAGGGGAACUCGGACGAUUAGAAUGUUUGAAAAAGUUAAAUAUAGAAGGUUCGGGCAUAGGUCGUCUUCCGAACAGCAUAUUUCAGUUGAAAGAUCUGUGUAUUAUAUGGUCUAGGUUGCGGCUUUUGAGCAAUGGUUUUACAUGCUUGCAUGAAAUCUCAAGAUACACAGCUUUGUCCUACGUACAUCAACAACGUUAUGACCCGAUCGAAGUUCUUUCAGGCAAUCGAUGUUGAAGCAAUCAAUCAAGCCCAUGUGAUUUCAUCAUGUUUAUGAUUUCCUUAAAUAUAUCAGUGAUAUCAAGGCAAGCAAAUGUUAAAGCACAGCUAUUAAUAGAUGUUCAGGCAAUUGAUAAAGUUUUAGUAAUUUCAAGUAUUAUCGUUUUCCCAGAUUGAUAAUGCGUUGGUGAUUUCAGUACAGAAACCUGACCCAUAUAGUAGGACAAUAUGGGUGAAUUGCGAAAAUACCGUGCAUACGCGGUAUUUUUCUUGAUCUUUAGAAGUGUUAGAUAUAACAAGUGCAGGCAUAGGUCAUCUUCCUCAGAGGAUUUUUUAAUUCACGGUUUGUUAUUUUGUAUGGUCUAGUGAUCUGCUUGAGUCGUUUGGUUUUACACCCCUGAAACACCCAUUGGAGAGGUGAUUCGAGUCACAAACAAGUAUUGUAACAGGAUAUAAUAAAGUUGGUUUAUGGAUUAUUAGCAGCUGGUAGAUAGUUGAGUGGUGGGUUUGGAGUUUGUAACUGAAUAUGUUAUUUGCUGUUUUCAAUUCUGGGGUUUUGCUUCAUUUUUGUAACUGAAAUAUGGGAACCAUCCAUUGUGCACUCCAACUGUUCGAUAAAAUGCCAUACUAGCUAAAUCUCGUAUUUGACUUGAUAAAUUGCUAUGUGGACUUACGUUUCAUGUGCUAUCGAUCAGUUUGAGCUUCUCUUGGUACUGGAAAGUAGCAUGGUAUAUGUUGGCUUGUGAAUCAGAACAACAAAGUGGAACAGAAUUUACGCUGGAAUGACCAGUCGAUUAUUCCAGCUGACCCAACUAAUCUUCAACGCCUACUUGCAACGACUAACUCCAUUUGAAUUAAUUCCAACAGUAUGCCAGAUGGAGUCCGAUCAAUGGCAAGGGACCUCUUUAUAUUGUUCCAGGUUUUGGAGCUCUUGGAUCAUUGACAUUAAUCCUGUAAGAGUCCACGCGCGUUGCGGCGGGAAUGCAGUUGACAUCGGUUUGAUUCCUUACAAUACUGAUACGAUACCCAGCACUCGGUAUAGCAAUAGAAAGAGUCAUUAUAUACCCAAAAGGAUGGCGAUACGUGUUUUACAUCGAUCAAAAUUGUAAAAACGAAUAUUACUAACACUUCACAUUGUAUUGAUAACGAUACUAAUGUUGUUCGGACGAAAUCGCUAUGACACCAAUAUUGUUGAGACAGUAUUA